GGGCCCGCGGCCGGCGCGGCGGGGCGUCUCGGGCCGUGGGACUGACUCGCCCGGCCGCGCUGCCCCGCCGCGCUCUGGGAUGGGCAGCGGACGGAACCGAGAAAGGUGCCCAUGGCGUCGGAGCGGCGCAAGGUCAAGUACCGCUGGAGCGGCAGCCCCUCGGAAGGCGGGCCCAGCAAGCGCAGCUGCCUCCGGGAGCCCGGCCAUGUGGCCGCCUCCGGCCGGCCGGCCCGCAGCCCCCAGCGCCUGAAGGCCCCGCGGGAGGACGAUGCGGGCCGCCCGCCGCCCCGGGGCUCUUCCCGCCGCCGCCGCCGCCGUUCCUCCUCCUCUUCCUCCUCCCACUCCUCGGGCCCGGCUGUGGGCGGAGCCGCCCCGGGCUGCCUGAUUCCGGGCGCGCGAGGCUGCCGCGCCAGCCCCUCGCUGGAAGACAUGGCCUCCCGGCACGCGGAGGCCUGCAGGCUCAGGGUUGACUCCAGAGGCAGUUCCAGAGACUCCCCGAACUCUGAAUUUGCAGCUGAGGCUGAAGGUCAGAAGGAUGCGACUGAGGAGCCAGACAAGGUCCAGAGACGCAGGCGGGAGAGGCCUCGGGAUCAGGGCUCCACCAUGAUCUAUCUGAAGGCGCUCCAGGGCAUCCUGGGGAAGUCAGUGCCCCGGCGGAAGGGGGACGCUGUUGCACAGGCAAGGGCAAAGGAGAGCCCGGAAGAGCGGCCAUGUCGGGCAGAAGAGCCAGCCAGGAGUGUCUCGGUGCCCACUCCUCCGGAGGACAAAGGAUUGGCUGUGGAGGAAGAGGCGGAGCUGGAGCAGCAGGAGAGCAGCUUCUGUGGCCGGAGAGUGGUCAUUGACCCUGCGGAGUCACCAGGCAAGGAGCCGCUUGGCCACCAAAGGACAGCCGUUGAUGAGCCCUCUGCUCCCCUGCGGUUUUGGGAUGACACCGACUCGCGUGUGGAAGUGCACAAGCCCAAAGGUCGGGAGGUGGUGAUGGAGCACCCCUCCUCAGGCAGUGACUGGUCUGACGUGGACGAGAUCCCCACCGUCAGGUUCUCUCAGGAGGAGCCCAUCAUGCCAAAAUACUCCACUGCUCCAGAGCCUUCCUCCUAUACCCCCGACUACGUCAUGUACCCAGCUCAUCUGUAUAGCAGCCCUUGGUGUGACUAUGCCCGCUACUGGGCCAGCAGCCCCAAGCCCCCAAGCUCUUCGGCUGCAGGUGGCAGCAGUGACCUGGCCCAGGCUGGACAGAGCGGCCGCAGCCUCCCGAGCGAGUGUCCACCCAGCUCUCCGCCGCUCAGCUUCCACACCACUGCCAGGGACCCGGUGGUCGUUGAGGAAGGACAAUCCCAGAACUCGCGUGCAUUCCGCUUCUCCAGAAGCUCACAAGAGGUGGGGCGAGAGAAAAGAACGUUCCGAGAGGAGACCCCGCCGCGCCAUGCUCGCGGGCGUGCUGCUGGCUCCGAGCCCAGGAGCUGCCGGGAGGCCAGCCCGGAGGAGGGCUUUAUUGACACCCACUGUCACUUGGACAUGCUCUAUUCCAAGCUGUCCUUCAGAGGGACCUUUACCAAGUUCAGGAAGAUCUACAGUAGCUCCUUCCCCAAGGAAUUCCGGGGCUGCAUCUCUGACUUCUGUGACCCCCGAACACUGACAGACUGCCUGUGGGAGGAGCUGCUGAAGGAGGACCUGGUCUGGGGGGCCUUUGGCUGCCACCCUCACUUCGCACGCUACUACACCGAGAGCCAGGAGAGGAAUCUCCUGCAAGCCUUGCGGCACCCUAAGGCCGUAGCCUUUGGGGAGAUGGGGUUGGACUACUCCUACAAGUGCACCACGCCGGUCCCGCAGCAGCACAAGGUGUUUGAGAGGCAGCUGCAGCUGGCUGUGGCCCUGAGGAAGCCGUUGGUGAUCCACUGCCGGGAAGCUGAUGAGGACCUGCUGGAUGUCAUGAAGAGAUUUGUGCCCUCCGACUACAAGAUCCAUAGGCACUGCUUCACUGGCAGCUACCCGGUCAUCGAGCCCCUGCUGAAGCACUUCCCCAACAUGUCCGUGGGCUUCACUGCUGUCCUCACCUACUCCUCUGCCUGGGAGGCCCGGUCGGCUGUGAGGCAGAUCCCGCUGGACAGAAUCAUCGUGGAGACGGAUGCUCCCUAUUUCCUGCCACGCCAGGUCCCCAGAAGCCUUUGCCAGUAUGCCCACCCUGGCCUGGCCCUGCACACAGUGCGUGAGAUCGCCAGGGUCAAAGAGGAGUCGCUGUCACACACCCUGGCCACUCUGCGGGAAAACACCAGUCGCCUGUACAACCUCUGAGCAGCAGAACGCCACUGGGAGUCCCCACGACAAGGGCGACAGUGGCCUGAGCAGCAGGCUGAGCAUAAACCUCGCUGUGUCCCCGUGACCUGGCUCGAGGACGGGUCUGCAGAGCUGGAGCGAAGCAGCCGGGACAGUUUCCACUGGACUUCAUCGUAAGGCUCUGUUUGAAGCUGAGAAUGGGGGCGGGGCCUGCUUGCCUGCCCAGAAGGCACCGGAUGCUGGUGAAGGAGGAAGAGUGUGCCAAGGGGUACAGCACGCGUGCCUGACCUCUUCCCCGUGCCCGCCUCGUCCUCAGCUCAGCUCCCCGUGGGAAGUGCUGGGCCGCACCCUGCAGACUCUCCGAGGUUGGUUUUCUUGCCACUAAUGAAGUUGUUCUCACUUCUCAAGAUAAACUCAUUUUGGCUCUCACUGUUUCAACGUCAACUCCAGUGUCUGCACAAUGGGAAGGACUCGAGCUGUCACCCACGUGUGGUGUCGGGGCGUGCCUGUUGUCCCUCCUAAGUCUUGAUGGAUAGAUAUCCAGGACAGGUGGGGAGAUGAGUAACAGGCCUUGUUGGGACGAAAGAGCGAAGUUACCCAUUCAUACUCCAUGGUGUGCCACGAGUCCUCGCCGCUGUUUCUGCCCCCUACUGUUUGUUUGCCCAUCGCAGUCUCUUGCAUAGCUCGCCGCCAGGAAGGUCAGUCGGCACAGGGUCGCAGCUGUCCCCCUUUGGAGCCUGACGUGUUGUAGAAGUCAGAGCCCCUUCCACUCAGGGACAUGCGUGUCAUCUCAGGCCAGAGCUGCACUUAGCUCCCGGCCGGUGCCUCGUUGAGCAUGGUCACUGCAGAGCCCAGGGUCGUGGAGGUCAAGGGUAGAGUGGGAGAAGGCUGCACUUGGUCCACAGGCUCUUUCACUGCAGUUUCCUGCAGUGAGACAGUUGGGCCACUGGCAGCCUCCUCCCCAGUUCUGACUUCAGGGUGUCCCUCUGGGUGUUUGUGAAAGGCACAUCUGAACCUUGCAAGCUGAAUGCCGCCGGUUUAGUUUUCUGUAUCUGGUAUUUCCUUCUUGCCAUGGUACACGGUCCCUGGCCUUGAAUUGGCCUUGAUCCACAUCUGUCUUCUAAGGUCAGCUGUGCGGUGACUUCAUCUGUGCCUCAGACAUGCCAGUGUGGGGAAGCAGCUAAAGAGUUGGGGGCUUGCUAAGCACACAUCACCAUGCUGGCUGUCUGCACAUGUCAUGUGUGGCAGCCCUGCCGGCUGUGGACACGGCACCAGUGCUGACCGAGUGGCCACGGAUGAGGCGCACAGGUGCUAUCUACUCUUCCCCGGGUUUGGGGUUCCCCUUCCCGAAAUGUGGUGAAGCCUGGCUGUGUGGGCUCAGUCUCGAGGUAGCUGGUGUGACCCCCAUUGCUGGCUUCAGAAAUGCCUGUCACCCCACUCCUGUGGGCUGCCUCUUUGUGGAAAUAAAAGCGAUGGAUCUUUUAGCUA